GCAGGUCCUCAGAGGUGUUGGGUGCUGCUGAAGCCAUGUGGAUUAUUCUGGCACUUGCUCUCUGCGGCCUCGCUGCAGCCGUGCCCUCGGAGGACAGGAAGCUGAGCGACAAGGCAACAACGCUGGCUGACCGCAGCACGACGCUGGCCUUCAACCUCUACCAUGCCAUGGCAAAAGACAAGAACACGGAGAACAUCCUGCUGUCCCCUGUGGUUGUGGCCUCUUCCCUUGGCCUCGUGUCCCUUGGGGGCAAGGCCACAACCGCCUCCCAAGCCAAGGCAGUGCUCAGCGCAGACAAACUGAACGAUGACUACAUGCACAGUGGGUUGUCUGAGCUCCUGAACGAGGUCAGCAACAGCACAGCCCGCAACGUCACCUGGAAGAUCGGCAACCGCUUGUACGGCCCUGCCUCCAUCAACUUUGCCGAUGACUUUGUGAAGAACAGCAAGAAACACUACAACUAUGAGCACUCCAAGAUCAACUUCCGAGACAAGAGGAGUGCCCUGAAAUCCAUUAAUGAGUGGGCAGCCCAGACCACAGAUGGGAAACUCCCAGAGGUGACAAAAGACGUUGAGAAAACUGAUGGGGCCCUCAUUGUCAACGCCAUGUUCUUCAAGCCUCACUGGGAUGAGAAGUUCCAUCAUAAGAUGGUGGACAACCGUGGCUUCAUGGUGACCCGUUCCUACACUGUGGGAGUUCCCAUGAUGCAUCGCACAGGUCUCUACAAUUACUAUGAUGAUGAGACAGAGAAGCUCCAGGUGGUGGAGAUGCCACUUGCUCACAAGCUCUCCAGCAUGAUCUUUAUCAUGCCAAACCAUGUGGAGCCUCUGGAGAGGGUUGAGAAACUGCUGAACAGGGAGCAGCUAAAGGCCUGGGCUGGCAAGAUGAAGAAGAGAUCAGUGGCCAUCUCGCUGCCUAAAGUCAUCCUGGAAGUCAGCCACGACCUUCAGAAACACUUGGCUGAUCUGGGCCUGACAGAAGCUAUUGACAAAACCAAAGCUGACUUGUCCAAGAUCUCUGGCAAGAAAGACCUUUACCUGUCCAACGUCUUCCAUGCUGCUGCUCUUGAAUGGGACACGGAAGGGAACCCCUACGAUGCUGACAUCUACAGCCGAGAGGAGAUGAGGAACCCCAAGCUCUUCUAUGCUGACCACCCCUUCGUCUUCAUGAUCAAGGACAGUAAAACCAACUCCAUCCUCUUCAUUGGCAGGCUCGUGAGGCCCAAAGGAGACAAGAUGCGUGAUGAGUUGUAGUUAGGGUUGGUUUGUUUUUUUUUUUUUUUUCCCCAGAGCUUUCGUCUGUGUGGUUUUUAGUGGGGGAUUUCAAAAAAUGGGAAACACUAUUUUGUAUCCGUCUUGAACUAUGGGUGCUAUUCAGACCAGGGUGCAUUGUGAUGAGAAACCAGCAUACACUUUACCUCACCCCAAAAUACUUCUUGCACAAACCCACCUCCAGAGAGGAACAGGGGAGCCUGGCACAAGAGGGUCACCAGGAGUGGAAGGGAACUGGCACGCACUGUCUCAGCGACUGGCAUCCUCAGCUGAGAUGUUGAGGCUGAUGCCUAGCUCCUCCCUGCACUAGAGUUACGCCUCCUGCUAAGUACCUUGCUGUUACCAUCAGCCCUGCAAAGGCACAAGCCCUGCACCUUUCCACCUCAAAUGCUUUGGCACCUUUAGCUCUGCCACUUCCUUUUCUCCCCCUUUGAUGCUAUGCGGCACCACACCAGAGCUGCUCUGGUCGCU